AUGCUCUCUCAUCACCACAAAAACUCAUCCCUUUGGGUGCCAGGCCGACCACCGGUAACACAAACGCUAACCCAGUUGAACCCGUUGCAAGUCUUUCAACGAGAACAAGCGCCUAUUGAAGAUUUCCGACAUGUUCAACCAAACGCCAUUCACCAAGCCGAGCGCUAUUGCACACCGAACUACAAGAAGUACAAGAACAAUCGAAUCUCGACCACCAAGUACACCCUGCUAACUUUCCCCUUCAAAAACCUCUGGGAACAGUUUCAUCGAUGGGCGAAUUGGUUCUUCGUCAUUAUCAUUGUUCUAAACUUGUUCCCCGAAUUCGCAGCAUUCAACCGCUUUCUUGGUAUCAUCCCAGUAGCUUGUAUUUUGAUAGCCACAGCGAUCAAGGAUAUUUUCGAAGAUUUACGACGAUAUCGAAUGGACAAAAAGAUUAACGAAUCCACGUGUUUAGUUUGGGAUCAUGUGCAUCUGCAAUUCCGCCGAAUGCAAUGGCAGCACAUCCUCGUCGGCGACUAUGUCCACAUCUCGAACAAUGAACUUUUCCCAGCGGACAUCCUUUUGUUAAGAUCUUCAGAUGCUUCGGGAACUUGCUUCAUUGAGACGUCGAAUCUCGACGGAGAGACUUCGUUGAAGCAAAAAGCUGUCCCAAAAACAAUCGUCUCUUUGUCAGAAGAUCAAAACACGAAAUUCCAAGACCUUCACCCGAAGAUGCCGAUCGAUCAUCACUGUAUGCAUCCAUCGAAAAGCCUUCAAGAGAUGUGUGGCUAUGUAGAGGAUGCGCAGAGGCAAAAGGAGAACUUUAGCAAAGAUCACAUGUUGUGGAGAGGAUGCCGCUUGAGGAACACGACUUUCGUCGAGGGAUUAGUUUUAUAUGCUGGCCCUGACACAAAAGUGAUGUUAAACAACGGUCGACCGAAGCCGAAACGCUCGCAGAUUGAGCACCUCACGAACAAGUUCAUCCUCGUCUGCUUUUUAAUCUUAAUUAUUAUGUGCAUGAUUGGCUCAGCCGGUUCAGCGAUCACUACCGCGCAAAAUCACAAUCGGAAUGGAUCUGCGAUCUACGAGACUGAACCCGAGAAUCCAUGGUGGCAAGAGGGGAUUUACAGCAUUGGCACCUUCAUCAUCAACUAUCAGGUCUUAGUGCCAUUGUCCCUUUACAUCACUGUCGAGUUGAUCAAACUGGGAUUGGUGUUUCUGAUGCAACAAGACGUGCAUCUUUACCACGGUGAAAAGGAUCAACGAGUGCAAGUGCGAAACUUGACAAUCCCGGAGGAGUUGGGUCAAGUGACACACGUGUUAAGCGACAAGACGGGCACCGUCACCGAGAAUAUCAUGAUUUUUCGAAGAUGCGCUUUCGACAAUUUCGACUACGGAACGCCGGCUGGUGUUCAUGCUCAUCAGCGUUUACCCUCAACAGGUCUUCAUCCAACCGACGAGUUGAGAGUUCGCGUUCUUUCCACGUGGCGUCUCGAUGAGAGUUUACAAAAUUUCUUUACCAAUUUGGCUAUUUGCAACACGGUGGUGGUGAAUAGAGAGCAUCGAGAUAUGUUAGAGGUUGGCCAAUACGAGGACGGAGUGUACACGAUUGACAACUCCUCUUUCUACACGGUCACCGAGCCCGAAUUCCUCGAGCGACAAGAGAGAUAUCGGAUUCAUAAAGAACGCGCGAUUCGUUUCGUCGAUGAAGAAGAACCAGUACCCAAUUGGCAGGCAGUGAUCUCAAACUCGGACACGACUCUCGACGCGAUCACCUCCGAAGACGAGGAAGAGAAUAGUGAUGAAAAGUCGGCCGGUCAACGCCUUUCCCGGGUUUCGACUUUCUCCCAACGCCUCUCGCACAGCAUCCGCAAUUUCCUACCGAGAAUCAGUAGCAUAAUCUCUUCACCCGCCUCUUCUGUGCACAACUUUCGCCACAAACAUCAUAAAGGACCAAAGACGAAAAAAGAGAGUCGCUACGAGGCCGAAAGUCCCGACGAGUUGGCUCUAGUUGAGGGUGCUGCUCAAUACGGAUUCGUGCUGCAGGAGCGCGGCGCCACUCACGUCACCCUGCAAUUCCCCGAUCAACAAAAUCAAAGAAUCGAGGUCCUCCGAGUGCUCCCCUUUGACGCGAAUCGAAAGCGAAUGUCCAUUAUCAUCAAGGGGAAAUCGGGACCAAUUCUGUAUACAAAGGGCGCCGACGCCUCGAUGUUGACCCGUUUGCGAGACGGGGCAACUCCGCCCGUCUUUGAUGAAUCAGAAAAUGAAACCUCGUCAGCUCGGUCGAUCGGUGCCUCGCAAAUGUCACCCGAUAAGGCUCGUGCUCUGCUUGGACACUAUGCUGGAAAAGGAUUACGCACUCUCGUCUAUGGGAUGCGACGGUUAACAUGGGAUGAGUACCAGGAAUUCUCAUCAGCUUACCAAUUUAUCGAAAUGGACACCACCUCGGAGAGGGAAAUGAUGUUGGCGCAGAAAGCUGAUGAGAUUGAGAGCAACUUGACGUUGUUGGGAGUGACCGGAGUGGAGGAUAAGCUACAAGAAGGAGUCUCCGAUACGAUCUCCUCUCUACGCGAGGCCGGUCUUCAAGUCUGGCUACUAACCGGAGACAAGUUGGAAACCGCUGAAAAUAUAGCCCGUUCUUGUGGUCUUUUCGAUCCACGACAUCCUGAAGUCAACGUCUCAACGCGCGACGAUUUGCCGAACAUUUCUGGAAUUGGACGGUGUAACAUCAAACUCAACCCGCAAGCAUUGACGAUCUUGAAGGAAAACGAUACAACUUUGUUGGACAUUGUGCAGAGAAGUGCUUCCGUUCUCUGCUACCGGAUGACCCCGUCCGAGAAAAGCGAAGUGGUGGCUUGUGUGAAGAAGAAUUUCGGUGGUCGUGUGCUGGCGAUUGGUGAUGGAGCCAACGAUGUGCCGAUGAUCCAAGCGGCCCACGUGGGCGUUGGUGUGAGUGGAAAUGAGGGAAUGCAGGCAGUGAUGGCUUCUGACUUCGCGAUCGCUCGUUUCCGUUUCCUCAAGCGUCUCCUAUUGAUUCACGGGCACUGGAACUACGAUCGAAUCGCGAACACAUACUUGUAUUUUCUCUACAAAAACGCUCUUCUCGUUUUCAUCAUCUUCUUUUGUCAAUUCUAUUCGCUAUACUCGGGGGAAAGCCCGAUGGAUCCGAUCUACUCGAUGCUUUACUCAAUCGUUUUCACAAGCGUUCAACCGAUCAUUUACGGAAUGUACGAUCAAGCGUACGAAGGUCGUUUGUUAAUAGAGAGACCAUCGUUGUACCGUAAAACAAUGGAAGGACAGUGCUAUUCAUGGAAACUUUUCUUUUUCAAUAUUUUGGAUGCUCUUUAUCAGGCAGCCGUUUGUUACUACUGUGCUCAUAUUUGGGCAGUGAAUACAAGUGUGGGUCUUUGGGAAUUCGGGUUCGUUCUCGCCACCUCAAUGUUUUUGUGCAACACUUUUCACUUGGCUCUAGAAGUUCGUUGUUGGACUUGGCCGAUUUGGGUGAUUUUCGCUUUCUUCACGGUUCUUCAUUUUGUAUUUUUCUUGGCUUAUCACGCGGUAAUUGGUCCCUGGAGUGGUCUUUAUGGACCACCGGUUCUCGUUUCUUUUCGCUUAAUGAUGCAAGCUAGCUUCUACAUUGUUGAACUCUUAACUGUUGUCACAGCUUUAAUCCCAAGGCUGCUUUAUCGAGUUUACCUCAGUAAAUUGGAAGGUAAAUUAGGAAGCGAACUCUCAUUUUGUGGGCUCAGCAUU